CGCCAUGACUCCGUCAGUUCCGGCCGCCCUUCUGUUUCUCUCUGUCCUCGGUUACGCUCAUGGCGUGCCCUUGGAGAAUCUGCAGACGAUCUCAGAAAAUGCUCUUCGGCAGGAGUUUCACAAGGCCUUCCAGACUCAGCAGGUGACUCCAGUCCUCAAGAAGGUUGCCCAGCAUCUGGAGCUGGAGGAGGCGCUGCGCGGGGGCGGGCGGUGGGGGGGACCGGAGCGCAGGGCAACCGCGCCUCUCUUCUGCUUGACCUGCAACGCCGGCGUCGCCGAAAUCAUCCGGGAGGUGGAGAGCGGCGUCGCGCCCGAGGCCAUCGCUGCCAUGAUGAUCAACCUGUGCGUCAACCUCGGCAUCGCGAAUCUCAACUUCUGCGAGCACUUCGUCAUGGAGGCCGAGCCUCAGCUCUACUGGAUCCUGUCCAACCGCCACCUGACGGGCAAGGACGUUUGCGGGAUGAUGUUCGUCGGCUUCGGCUGCGACACGGACAACCCAGAGCGGGUCUGGGACGUCACGCUGCCGGACGCGCCCAAACCGCCUGUGACCGAGCCUGCGCUGCCACAGCCUGGCAGCCCCGUGAUGAAAAUCCUGCAUUUGGCCGACACGCACUUCGACCCUUUCUACAAGCCCGGGAGCAAUGCUGAGUGCGGCGAGAAGUACUUCUGCUGCAGGGAGGAGAGCGGCGUCGUCGAGACUCCCGAGGCCGCAGCCGGUUACUGGGGCGACUACCGCAACUGCGACGCACCUCGCUGGCUUCUGGAGGCGAUUUUCUCCCAUAUUAAUGAGACGCAUAAGGACCUGGACCUGAUUCUGUGGACCGGAGACCUGAUUCCUCACAACGUCUGGAACACGAGCCGCGAGGGCAACCUGGACAUCAUCCGCCAGACGGUCCAAAUGGUCAAGGAGUACUUCCCCGACACCCCGGUCUUCCCGGCCAUCGGCAACCACGAGUCCCACCCGGUCAACGCUUUCCCUCAACCGUACAUCGAGAACGAAUUCGACAUCUCUUGGCUGUACGACGAGAUCUCGGCGCUGUGGGCGACGUGGCUGCCGGCGGACGUCGCAGCCAGCGUCACCUACUCCGCCUUCUACUCCACGCUCAUCAAGCCAGGGCUCAGGAUCCUCUCAAUCAACACCAAUUACUGCUACGGCUUUAACUGGUGGAUUGUGUACGACGAUGUGGAUCCAGCCUCGGAGCUCGGGUGGAUGGCGCAGGAGCUGCAGAAGGCGGAGGACGCCGGGGAGAAGGUUUACAUCAUUAGCCACAUCCCGCCCGGCCACGACGACUGCUCCAAGACGUGGAGCCACCAGUACAACCGGAUCGUGUACAGGUACGAGUCGACGAUCGCGGGCCUGUUCUACGGACACACGCACAAGGACCACUACAUGAUGUUCUACGACCCCGACGAGCCAGAGCGAGCCUACCACGUGGGCUACGUAGCGCAGAGCCAGACGCCCUACCACAAGCUGAACCCGGGCUACAAGGUCUACACCGUGGACGGCGACUACCAAGGCUCUUCCUACAGAGUCUUGGACCACGAGAACUGGAUUCUGGACUUGGAUGAGGUGAACGAAAGUAACGCACCUCGCAUGUACUUGCUGUACACAGCUAUGGAGGCUUACGAAUUGAGCGACCUAACCCCAGCGUCCUGGUCCGGCCACCUGCACCAGAUGAGUGAACCCAACAGCACGCUAUUCGAAGACUUCUUCAGGUACUACACAAAGGCCGCGCGCCCGUACCAGCAGGAGGGAUGCGACGAGGAGUGCAAGCAAACGCUCCUGUGCCGCGUGGCCGUGUCCGACACCUCCGACAAAACCCACUGCGAUCACCUCAGGACCUAAGGCACAGGCAGCCACUGGCGCCUGGAGGUUUCGGUUUGUUGUUGUGUUACUAUUAUUACGGGAAUUACAUGCUAAUUGCCACCUU